UAUAGCGGCCUGAUAAAAUUUGGCGAAAAAUUACAAUACAAUGGGCUCUGCGACUGCGACGUAGCUCCGUACUCCGUAGCCCUCAGACCGCGACGUCGCCCAGUGCUGCCUCCUGCCUCGCCUGCGACGGGUUACUGCGAGCCCCUACUCCCACCGGCCCACCAAAACACACUCAACAGGGCACAGGGCACAGGGCCUAUUCACCGCGGGCCGCGGCGAGUUUCAUCCCGGAGCCGCGCUAUCUCCGCCCCGCCCGCGCGCCGCGCGCCGCGCCACCCUAUAUACCGCGCCGCGCUCCACACUCCGCACAGUUCGCCCGCCUCCUCUCGCGACACCGCACCUGCUCACCGACCAGACAACAUGAAGUCCUUCCUACUGAUCGCCGCCUGCCUCGCCCUGGCGUCCGCCCGGCUCGUGCGCCGCGAUGCGCCCACCGUGCUGCAGGACAUCGAGAAGCACGCCAACGAGUUCCAGAAGACGUUCAGCGAGCAGAUCAACGCCCUCGCCAACUCCAAGAACACGCAGGAGUUCCAGAAGGCGCUGAAAGACGGCUCCGACACCGUGCUGCAGCAGAUCUCCGCCCUGUCCGCCAGCCUGCAGAGCGCGCUCAGCGACGCCAACGGCAAGGCCAAGGAGGCCCUGGAGUCGAGCCGUGACAGCCUGCAGCGCACCGUGGAGGAGCUGCGCCGCGCGCACCCCGAGGUCGAGCAGCAGGCCACCGCACUGCGCGACAAGCUGCAGGCCGCCGUGCAGCAGACCGCCCAGGAGACCCAGAAGUUGGCUAAGGAGGUCGCCGCCAACGUGGAGGAGACCAACGCCAAGCUGGCCCCGCAGAUCAAGCAGGCGUACGACGAGUUCGUGAAGCAGGCGUCCGAGGUGCAGAAGAAGCUGCACGAGGUUGCCACCAAGAACUAGGCGCCCCACCUAUAAUUGCGUUACACAAUAUAGCGACUACUCCCAACGACAA